AUGGAGGCUGCCGUGGUCAGCGCAUCUCACGGUGCUAUGGGAUCCCUGAUAGGGAAGCUUGGUGAUUUGCUCACAGCAGAGUACAAGCUGCUCAAAGAAGCUAAAGGACAGAUCAUGUUCCUUAAAGCUGAGCUCGAGAGCAUGCACGCGUUCCUGAAGAAGAUGUCAGACAUGGAAGAGCCUGACGAGCAAGACAAGUGCUGGGUGAAGGAGGUACGUGAACUCUCCUACGACAUGGAUGAUAGUAUCAGUGACUUCCUACACCGUGUCGGGCACAAGUACAACAGCAUACCACAUGGAUUCAAGGGGUUCAUGGAUAGAUGCAUGAGCCUGUUGACAGCCAUGAACACUCGGCAUCAGAUUGCCAAAGAGCUGGAAGGCCUCAGGAGUCGUGUCAUGGAGGUGAACGAGCGACGCAAGAGGUACAAGGUCGAAGAAGCUGUUUCCAAGCCAAACAACACAGUCGUCGAUUCUCGUGUGUUGGCACUCCAUGCAGAGUCAACCAGCCUUGUUGGUAUCAAGGAGCCGAGGGACCAGCUUAUAAAAUUGAUGGACCAAGACAAUGUGCCUUCACCUCAGCUAAAGGUGCUCUCUAUUGUCGGAUUUGGAGGUCUUGGAAAAACUACCCUUGCAAAUACGAUUUAUCGCAAGCAAGAGGGCUUGUUCCUGUGUCGAGCUUUUAUUUCUGUGUCACAAAAACCAAAUAUUAGGAAGGUACUAAGGACUAUACUAUCUCAAGUUGGCUUUGAACCUCCUAUGAACACCAACAUGGAAAUGUGGGAAGAGUCCGAAUUGAUUAGGACACUGCAAAAUUUUCUUUUGGAUAAGAGGUACUUCAUUGUAAUUGAUGACAUAUGGGAUGCUCCUUCAUGGGAUAUGAUAAGAUGUGGUCUUCCAGAGGGUAUGAAUGGUAGCAGAGUAAUCACGACUACACGAAUUGAGACCGUCGCUAGAGCAUGCUGCACUAAUCGCUCUGAAUAUGUUUAUAAGAUGAGGCCACUUAAUGAACAAGGCUCAAGAAGGUUAUUCUUCAAAAGAAUUUUUGGUUCGGAGGAUGCUUGCCCUCCUUAUUUGAAAGAAGUUUCAGCAGAAAUUUUAAUAAGAUGUGGUGGCUUACCUCUUGCAAUUAUCACAAUAUCUAGCCUUUUAGCCAAUGAGCAAAAUAAACUGAAGGACCGGUGGGAGUAUGUGAAAAACUCUCUAGGGUCAAACUUUGAAGUGAGCCCAAGCUUGGAUGGCAUGAGACAAAUAUUAAACCUCAGCUACAUAAACCUUCCUCAUUAUUUGAAGACUUGUAUGCUAUAUCUAGGCAUUUAUCCAGAGGACUACACAAUCAAUAAGAAUGAUUUGGUUAGACAGUGGGUAAGUGAAGGUUUUAUAUGUGAAGCUCGUGGGACAGAUCCAGAGGAUAUUGCAAAGAGCUAUUUUAAUGAACUCAUCAAUAGGAGUUUGAUUCAGCCCAUAGACACAGAAUAUAAUGGUGAGGUAACGUCUUGCAGGGUUCAUGACAUGAUGCUUGAUCUUAUCCUACAUAAAUCCAGAGAAGAUAAUUUUAUCACUGUAAUAGAUGGCAUACAAGAUUUGACAAGACAACACAACAAGAUCCGUCGACUCUCACUCAGUUUGGAUGGUGCAAUAGAUGAAAGAGUAGGAAGAUCCUUCCAGCUAUCCCAAACACGAAUGCUAGCAAGAUUUGGUACCUCUUUAUAUCUACCUCCUAUUUUACAGUUCAAGCAUCUCCGUGUUCUGACGAUUGAAAUUUCAUAUGGGCCCUUUUCAUCUGAACUACUGGACUUGAAUGGAAUAUGUCAUUUGUUUCAGCUGGAAUUCUUAAAGAUCAUAGCAAGUGGUCGUCAUGUGGUGUUACCAAGUAAAAUUGGACGACUGCAGCAACUGAAAACAUUUGAAAUAGAUGCUGCAGCAUCUAAAGGACAAUCAGAUCUGCAGCUACCAUCAGAUAUUGUUCAUUUGAGCCGUUUAUCGCAUCUGAUUGUUCCAAGCAAUGUAAUAUUGCCCAAUGGGGUCAGUAACAUGAAAUCAUUGCGUACUCUACGUUGCUUUGAUUUGAGAAACUCGCUAGACAGUAUCAAGGGUCUGAGGGAACUGACCAAUCUGACAAAUCUUGAAAUAUGUUAUAAGUACGACCCACCCACCAGUGACGAGUUUGCUGCAAGAUGUAGGGAACUUGUGCACGCCCUUGGAAACAUUUGUAGCCUCAAAUAUCUACUUAUUCGUACUAAUUUUGACCUACCUGUCAGUGCCUGCUUAGAUGAUGUACGGUGUCCAGUCCCGGCUUCUUUCAUUCAUCUCCAGAGCUUCCAUGCAAAGUUCUUUCCCUGGUUCUCGAGGGUUCCUGGAUGGAUUGGCCAGCACCAUAGCCUCUAUGACCUGCAGCUUAAUGUUCAGGAUGUGUAUGAGGAUGACCUUGGGAUGCUCUCACAAUUGCCCUCCCUUGUCUGCCUCCACUUGCACAUCCACGGGACUCCUAAAGACAAGAUCAUCAUCUGUGGAAGAGGAUUCCCUGUUCUCAAGCAUUUUACAGUUGGCUGUAUCAGGAUAUCGUACCUGACCUUCGAGGCAGGGGCGAUGCCGAAGAUUGAAAGGCUCGAGCUACGUUUCAAUGCACACAGAUGGGGCAGGUAUGGUGGCGUGCCUGCUGGCAUCGAGCACCUAUCAGGCCUCAAGGAAAUCAUCGGAGACAUUGGGGGUCUACAUGCAAAGGGAUCCAAUAGAAGGGCUGCAGUGUCUGCGCUGAGGGACGUGGCUCGCCUGCACCCAGGUCACCCUGUAUCCAGCAUCAGAUCAAACCCCAUGAAGUAUUAUAAAUUUGAUGAGCCCCCGGAAGAAGAGGACGGGAAUAGUCAGAGUAGUAGCAGUGUCUGA